GCCUCCCUCCCUGGAUGAAGCACUUGCUGAUGGUGGCUGUGGGAUUUUACACCCUGCACCACUUCUUCCAGCUGCAGAUGGUCUGGGUGGUGUUGCUGAGCCUGAAGUGUUACAUCGUCCUGUUCCUGUGUCGCCACUCUCAGUAUAAAGGGGUCUUCCUGUCGGUCACCAUCCUCAUCUUCCUGCUCAUGGGGGAGAUGCACAUGGUGGACACCGUGAGCUGGCAUAAGAUGAGAGGAGCCCAGAUGAUCGUGGCCAUGAAGGCGAUCUCCCUGGGCUUUGACCUGGACCGGGGCACCAUCGCGGCGAUGCCUUCCCCAGUCGCAUUUAUGGGCUACAUCUACUUUGUUGGCACCGUUAUCUUCGGGCCUUGGAUAAGCUUUGGCAGCUACCAGCAGGCAGUGGAGGGUCGCCCCAUGACCCGCAGCUGGUUUGUGAAGGUGUUGGCGAGUUUGGGGAAGUCCCUGCUGUGUUUGGUCGUGUCCACGUGUGUGGCUCCGUAUCUCUUUCCCUACUUCAUCCCUGUCCAGGGGGAGCGGACUCUCAACAGGUGGUUACGAGCCUAUGAGAGUGCCACGUCGUUUCACUUCAGUAACUAUUUUGUGGGGUUCCUGUCUGAGACCACCGCUACACUGGCUGGGGCAGGAUUCACCCACCAACACGACAAACUCAAAUGGGACAUGGUAGUCUCCCAUCCUCUGAGUGUGGAGCUCCCUCGGUCGAUGGUGCAGGUGGUGACCAGCUGGAAUGUCCCAAUGUCUCGCUGGCUCAACUCGUAUGUCUUCACCAGCGCGCGGACCUUGGGCAAGUUCCCGGCCAUUCUCGUCACCUACGCUGCCAGUGCCUUGCUCCAUGGUCUCAGCUUUCACCUGGGUGCUGUGCUGUUGUCUCUGGGAUUCAUCACCUAUGUGGAACAUGAGCUGAGGAGGAAGCUGGCCGCUAUACUGAGUGCCUGUAUCCUUUCCAGGCGAUGCCCAUCGAGCUGUUCCCAUCGCAAUAAAUCGAAUGGUCUUGUCCACCUGAUGAACCUCCUGUUCGGAUUACUGAGUGUCUUCUACCUCACCUACCUGGGAUCGUUUUUUGACAUUGACGUUGAGGAGGAGGUGGAGGAAGAGGGCUACGGCAUGGCAUUCACCAUCCAGAAAUGGCAGGAGCUGGCGUGGGCCGGGCACUGGGUGACGCUGGGGCUGUGGGCAGUCUCCCGGACUCUGGGCUGAUGGACAGAGGGGGAUGCCCAGACCCAGGGCGUUGGCCUGAGGGAGGGGGCAGGGCUUGGGGGGGUGGGGAGGGGUUUCCCAGGAACGGGUGGAGGCUCCUGCUCUGACUGACACAAACACACACACACAAUCCCCCCUCCCCCCUCCAGACGCACCCCUUCCUCCUCCCCUCCCAGACCUGGGUGAUCUCAGUCUCUCCCCACCCCUCCCUCCACCUCCCCCUCCUUCCCUGGCACCACUAGCCCUGGUUUCCAGCGGUAACGUUCCCUGCUCCUUCCCCCCCCUACCUCCCGGAACACCUCCCCCUCCCCAUCCUGGGGGCGGACGUGGUGGGGUAGGAUUUAUCCAGCCACCUCCCUCACCCCAAACCCCUCGUCCCGUCUGGAUCAGCAGCAGCCUGGCUGUCGCUGAGGGACACAGGGACAGCACGAGGCCAUUGAGCCCCUCCGCCUCCAGCCUGUUACCCAGGAGCUACGUGCCCUGACAGAAACCCCCGAUCGAUCACUGAGCAAAUUGCUGUAAAGUUAGAAUGGACUGUCCGUCCCGUACUCCAACAUGAUCCUGUUCCCAACCCCCUCAUUGCUGAGCAUGCCUGGGGUAUGUGUACAGGGAAAUAUCAGACAUGUUUCUGUA